GCCCCUCCCACUAUUAUUGGGUACACGACACGUCGAGUGUAGCAUGCUCAGCUAGCUAGCUAGUUAUUCUGCAGCACUAGCUACAGUGCAGUUCGUUGAGAAGGAAUGGAGGAUCAAGCUGUUCUCAGAUUGAUUGGCCAGUACCUAACUGAGCACAAGUACACAGUGACACUCAGUGCCCUGGAGAAGGAGAGUGGAAGAAAGUAUACUGGUGGGAGCACUGAGACAAAGGGAGAGCUGCAAACAAUAUUGAAUGAAUACGACGCAAGAGUGAAGCAAAAACGGGAAAUUGAGUCUUGUGUGGAGUUCCUGUUUUCACAAGGAGAAGGAGAGUAUGCAAACGAGCUUUGGUGUAGCUUCAACGACCUAACUGGUGGACUCAAUGUCCUUGUUGUCAGGUUGAUAGAGAAUGGAGUGGUUGCAUUUGGGUCUCCCAAAUCUCAGCUGGGUACAAUCGAGCUGCCCCUUCCCUUGGACCCCGACUGUCCCCCAAUCACCCCCAUCCCCAACAUCCUCACUGCCUCAGGCAAUCCAAAGGGGGCCAUUUUAGCACUGGACUUUCAUCCCACACAACGGAACCUGCUCGUGUGCGGUACAAUGGAUCGCCUGGCUCACAUUGUGGACAUCGAUAAUCUUGAUGAGCCUGUUUUGCAGUCAUUUGAGAACCACACCAAGUACGUUGUGCGUGCUUUGUGGUCUCCAUCAGGAAAGUACUUCAUUACUGGCUCCUACGACCACACUGUCUGUGUGUACAGUAAGAAAGCUGAUUCCAGUUCUGAGUAUGAGCUGACUCAGCGAGUGGAGAUAAGUGGAGCCGUGGAAUCACUGACCUUUGCAAAGGGAGAGGAUGUGUUUGUGGUGGGAGCGAGGAAUAACAACCACCUCCUCUGUUUUGACCUCACCUCUGGCAAGGCCACAAAGACUCGCUCUAUCAAUAUGAAUGCAUUUGGAGAUGACUUUGUGAGCUUUGUGGCCAUGCACACUUCCUUCAGUCCUGACGGCAUGUACAUCCUUGUCUCAACCGAUAAGGACCGACUGAUAAUUUAUUCAUGGGAAUCGGGAAAGCAGAUUGCCAAUUUCUAUGGCGCUAUGAAUGACGAGUACAGUCAGCCGAGACACUGCUGGGAUCCAUCUGGGCGUUACAUUUAUGGGACCUCUCAAGACAAGAGCAUUGUGGUCUGGGAGAUCAAGAGCCAGUCCAUUGUAACUAGACUCAUUGGGCACACUGGAGUAGUGAGGGAUGUCCAGUUCUGUUCCGAGCUCAAUAUUCUGAUCUCCUGUGGAUUUGAUGGCUCUAUAAGGAUGUGGCGAAACACAAGCAGUGACAGUGACUAACUAUUAUUUAGAGACCAAUGCAUUAGUGCUUCAAUAGUGUGCGCAUUAUACUUUUUUGUAGUAGUCAAGCAGAAUCAUCUUUUUUUGUGUUUGUUGAA